AUGUCUCAACCAGACGACACUAGGAAGAUUCAUCCUCUACCAUUUGAAUCAAUCUACAAGGAAGUUUUGUGGGCAAACAGAACUGUGAUUGCAGCAUCAAGCGCUGCCGUCGUUGGUGUAGUCUCUGGAUAUCCUUUUGACUCGAUCAAAACAAGGCUACAGACGCAGCAUUAUGACUCAAUAGCAGCUUGCGUCAAACAAACCUAUAAUGAGGAAGGUGUACGAGGAUUCUUCAGAGGUGUCAUACCACCGUUGAUCACUGUCAGCAUCAUCAAAUCCAUCUCAUUUUCAGUGUAUGAGAACUCAAAGCGGUACUGCAAAGUGCAUUAUCCAGCUAUAUUCGACCAAAACACCAUGCUAUCGACCAUGGGCGUAUCAACUCUGGCUGGCUCCGUGAGUGGUGCUUUCAUUGCCACACUGAGCUGUCCAUUCGAGCUCGUCAAGGUACAAAAGCAACUGGAAUUCCUACUAUUGCAGGCUAGCAGUAUCUCUGGAGGCGUCACUGUGAUGCCUUUUCAAAACGAGAUCAAACCCACCAUUAUCAACAAGACAACGGUAGGCGCUGGUCUGCCAGUCAAACCAAUCGCCACACCACCCAUCAUCAUCAAAAGGCCAUCGCCGCCCUCCUACACUUCGACAUCCAGCUGGCAUUCGGCUAGAGAGAUACUGAAAAAGAAGGGCAUCACUGGGAUUUACAGCGGAUUCAGUCUACACCUGGUGCGAGAUACGAUUGGAACAGGUGUUUACUUUGGAGGUUAUGAGACUACAAAAUAUAUAUUAAGUGGCAAUAAAAGUGCAUCAGCAGGACCCUUAACGCAAUUUUUAGCUGGAGGUAUAUGUGGCAUCAUGUGUUGGAUUGUGGUCUUCCCGCUUGAUUUAGUGAAAACAUUGAUCCAGAAAGAGAUUCUGUUGCCCAAUCCAACUUAUAAGAAUGCAAUGGCGUGCGUGCGAGACAUCUAUAAGCAGAAUGGAUUGAGUGGAUUCUACAGAGGCAUUACAGUGACGCUGAUACGUGCAUUUCCGAUACACUCGCUGAACUUUUUGGUGUACGAACAGACGCUCUUGUUGGUCAAGCACAUUCAUCAAAAGUGA